AUGCGACGGCGACAUAAUAUUACCUUAGCAACACUUGCUUGUCUUGGAACAGUAUAUCUCGUAUUACAACACAGACAUGGUAUCGGAAUCGCACAAGGGGCUAGGCAUAUCAGCGGAAUCGAGACCUUACCGUCUGACGCGCUGACUAUCUUCCAACAUGGCGAUGCAUCCACCACUGCAGAGAAAGAAUUACAACGCCAAACAGCGCCAGACGACGUCCGGUCGCCGCUAAAAGGAUUCGCUGGUUCCGCUGUCGAAGAGCCUAGUUUAAGCCUCGAAUCAACACCUUCUUUCGCGGAAGUGUCACCAUCAUCAAGCACGGAUAUCGUACCCGAGACGAGAUAUUCUUUCCAAGACGAUCUGCAGCUCGUCCUACCUACUACCGCGAUUCAAAGGUACUCGACGCAAAAGCCUCACAAUUACGAUUCUGGUGGCUCGAAAGGCUUUGCAUAUGCGACAUUUCUCGCUACUCGCAACCCCUCCCUCAAAGAUCCUUACUUUCUCGCUAUCCACUCGCUUAUCUAUCGAAUCCUCUGGUCUCCACGAACACAUAGCGAAAAACACCCUCUCAUCGUCUUCGUAGCCGAACAUGUAACAGACGAGCAACGUGCGCUGCUUGCAGGGGCUGGCGCACUAGUCCGCGAGCUCUCACCUCUUCACUGGGAAUGCAACGCGUCCGGUGUGCAAGACCGAUGGAGAGACCUCUUUGCCAAGCUCAACAUGUGGAAAGAGACCGAGUUUGAGCGCAUCCUAUUCUUGGACGCUGAUGCCUUCCCGUUGGCAAACAUCGACGAGAUGUUCGAGCUCGCACCCACGCAGGAGUGUGUACCGGAGAAACUGCAUCUUGAUGACUUUCUACCCAGUGGCCCAGUAUGCGAGCCUUAUGUCUUUGCUGGCGUGCCACAAGAUCCUUUCAGUGCGACGUAUCCUAACAUCAAUGUUGGUUCGAUGGUCUUUACCCCCUCUUUGCAGAUGCACGCUCGGCUUCUUCAGAAUUACGUCAAGAUCGACAAGUACGAUUGCGCGAUGGCUGAGCAGGCGUUUCUGAACUGGCAGUUCGGUCCUGAGGGCGCGCAUCCAGGGACCAAGUUGGAGAGGCAGUGGGGUGGUUUCUUCCCCACGGAGGAGGAAGGUGGUGGAAGUUUGAAGGUGGUUCAUGAGAAGCUCUGGGUCUUGAAGGAAGGGUGGAUGAAGGAAGAAUGGGAAUUACGCUGGAAGGAAAUGAUAAGGUUCUAUGAAAGUCAAGAUUUUGCGAAAGCGAGAGAAGAUGAUGGUAUAGUUACUGGGGAUGAGUAA